GUCCUGUGAGCUUGUUGGAACCCAGGGAAGGGCAUACAUCUAGAACUACACCAAAAGAACAGUAUACUUCCACCAGAAGAGGAUUAGCAGUACAAUAUCAUUAGAGACCAUGAGGUUUCUUCUGCUCCUCCCGUUCCUUUGCCUGUUUCUUCAAGGAUGCUCUGCAGGUCAAGAUCUCAAAGGAAAAGCGUUCACCUUCCCGGCCGAAACGGCCCACAGCUAUGUGAAGCUGCAGCCGUCCAAGACUGAAUCGUGGCUGGAAGUGUCGAAGGGCAUCCAGGCCAUCAGCGUCUGCCUGCGCUACUUCAGCGACCUGCCGCAGAAGGGCAAGGAGCAGACCUUCUUCUCCCUCGCCACGUUCACCAUGGACAACGCCUUCCUGCUCGGCACGCUGGGACGGAAACGCCACCAGGUGUACGUUGGAGGCGGCGCGCUGGAUUUCUGGGACCUCCCGGAUGAGUUGAACGACUGGAACUCAUUCUGUGCGACGUGGGACUCAAAGACGGGCGUAACACAGGUGUGGCUCAAUGGCAUUCCCAGCUCACGGAAGACCCGUUUCCAAGGCGGAACGUUGGCCGGACCCCCAAUCGUCGUCCUCGGACAAGACCAGGACUCGUACGGCGGCGGUUUCCACCAGAACGACGCCAUGGUCGGCCAGCUGACGGAUGUCCACAUGUGGAGCCGAGUCAUCUCCCAGUGUGACAUCUGGAAUUUCUCCAAAAACAGGAAGUUCACACCGGGCGACGUGAUCGACUGGCAAGACCUGGUCUUCACCACUCAUGGCGAUGUGGUCUUGGAACAACAGAUCGAAACCACCUCGCAAAUUGGAAAUUGCUCUAUUGAUUACAAACAAGGCUCGACCCUGGGUGAGACGGUUGCGUUCCUUUUCGGCGAAGAGACGUCCAUCAGCUACAUCAAGGUGGUCCCACAGAUGAAGGGCAACUCCAUCAAAGCAGCCACAGUGUGCCUCAGGUACUUCACCGACUUGCCCGGCAAGGACAGAGAGCAGACCUUCUUCUCCCUGGCGACCCCCGCCCAUAACAACGGCUUCCUGGUCUGCAAGGAGGGCCGCAGCCGCCACCAGCUCUAUGUGGCCGGUGAACGUGCCGACUUCUGGGGUCUACCGGACGAUCUCAACACCUGGGUGUCCUUCUGUGCUACGUGGGACUCUGCCACCGGCAUAGCACAGGUGUGGGUGAACGGGCGCCCCAGUUCCCGCAAGACGCUCUUCAAGGGUGGCACCCUGGAGGGCACGCCGUUUGUGGUGCUCGGCCAGGACCAGGACGCCUACGGAGGCGGUUUCCACGUCAACGAUGCGAUGGUUGGCCAGCUGAGCGGCCUGCACAUGUGGGACCACGUGAUAUCCGCCUGCAAGCUGCAGCAGUACGCUCUUAACCAGCUGGACGACGUAGCCGACGGUGGCAACCUGAUCAACUGGGGGGGUAAGGUGCUGGACAUCUCCCUGCACGGGAACGCGCUGGACGACGACGAUCGGAUACGUAACAAGGUGGAAUUGGAGGAGUGCUCUCUCGAAUGAUGAAAAUGAUGCAGUACAUACGCAUUGCAUACAGUGCAAUGUCUCUGUCUGUCUCUCUCUCUCUCUCUCUCUCUCUCUCUCUGCCAUGGAGGAAUAUCCACUCACUGAGUGAUGAAAAUAAUGCAUAUGCAUGCAGUGAACUUUUUUUUCCUCUCUCUCUCUCUGUCUCUCCCUCUCUCUCUCUCUCUCUCUCUCUCUCUCUCUCUCUCUAUCUCUGUCUGUCAAUGCCCACUCACUGAGUGAAAAGAAUAAAAGGUCAAGUGUGUCAUUUUUAAGCAGUUUCUCCAAUGUCUGUCACUGUAUUUCCUAAUAAAA